AUGAUGACACGGUUGACUCGACUGGUGGAGCAAAGGAAGAGACGGAGGAUACGAAGGAGUUCAAUGAAAGAGGAUUAA